AUGUGCUCCCGGCAGGACAAGGAUCAGUGCCACAGCCAGGAGCGCUACACCCGGCAGAGCAGCGGCUGCCACGGCUCCGGCGGCGGCUGCCACAGCUCCGGGGGCAGCGGCGGCGGCUGCCACAGCUCCGGGGGCAGCGGCGGGGGCUGCCACAGCUCCGGCAGCUCGGGUGGGGGCUGCCACAGCUCCGGGGGCAGCGGCGGAGGCUGCCACAGCUCCGGCGGUGGGGGCUGCCACAGCUCCGGCGGCUCCGGCUGCCACGGCAAGCCGCAGAUCCAGAUCCAGCAGCCCCAGCAGCAGCAGCAGCAGCAGAUCCAGCAGCUGCCCCAGCAGAAGAUGAAGUGA